AUAAGGAAAAUGUUGGUCUGACAGUGAAUACCUGCCGUGUGUAUCCUAGCCUAGGCAUAGUUUCAACAGAGAUGACAGCGAGGGAAGACGGUACACAGCAGUGUAGUGAAAAAGAUUAAUUUAUGACCGAUGUUCCAACAACUCGUGCGUCAAGAGUAACAUAAUUGCGACGAUUUGUUUCAACUGUGAGUUUCUAUAAGAAAGACGUGGAGUUUAGUGUUAAGUGUUUUGUUAAAAGAUGAGUAUUUCCAGAGUUUUGGGGACCGUUUAUAUUACAUGUGACAGUUUGAAGAACUCCACAUAAGUGGAUAUUGCGAAAGACGCUGACAAGUUCUAAGAAGGAGGCAUCACCCUGGCCUACAAACAAUUCCAUUGAUUCAGUACAAACAGCUCCAGAUGUACAAAGACCUCACAGAAAACAUGAUGCUAUGCUUCUGAACAACUGAUACCUCUACUGUGAACUUCAGUAAAAACUUUUUUUUGGAAGUGACCCUUAUUGACAGAUAUCAGGCUACACAGAUCUAGUAGAACAGAAAGUAAAGAACACAUUCUGGUGGAGUUAACAGAGACAAUGCAAUCAGCAUUUCCACAGUACUUCAACAACUGGUGAAAGAGUUUGUGAGUAAUAGUUGUGGUCUGCAGAUGGUUUUGUUGAGACUCAUACUGGAAACAGUUCAUGUUACAUGUGCAUGAAAUCUUUGCUAUGAAAACUCUCUCUGUUCUCUUAUUGAGCUAAACUAUGGCUUGUAUCUAUAGGAAUGCUGUCACGUAGGAAAAUACAGCAUUUGUAUCAUUGAAUUAUCACAGUUUAGAUGGUGGUUCUGACCACAGCUGUCUUGUAUUGUUAAAACCAUACUGUACAUUAUUAUAACAGCACUUGUUACAAUAGCAGUAAUCACUGGCCUAUGAAAUCAUUGUGGUCCCCUUUGUUAAUGGAGUCAGACAGCAGUGAUUGAAGUCUACAUUAACUCUCCUGUUUGAAGAGCAGCAAACACCAGUUGUCUAUUUUAACACAAAGACUUCAGAAAACAGGACAUAUUGUAACACCAGAGAAGUGAACAUAAAGCUGAGGCUUUCUUAGUUAAUGGUGGCAGUGUUAGUCCAUAUGUACAUGACCAUUUCACCUCUGAUAUAAACUCAUCUAGUCAUUAACCACAGUUUAGAUAUUUUUACUACCUGUAUUUAUUGAAGUAAGAGUAAGAUAUUGAUUUUGUGAUCAGCAUGGGAUGUUAGACAAGUGUUCUGUGUCAAUCUCAGCACGGAACAAAUGUGCUGAUAGUUAUAAAUUCUUCUGUGUGAUUCCAUGAAAUUUGGCAAACAAUAGUGCUUUGUAUUUGAGAUUGAAUUCUUCUGAAAUAUCAGAGUUUGUUGGUUUAUUUGCUCAGUUUGAUAUUUUCAGUAAGAUCUGUCUGUUACAAGAUAGCAUUGCUGAUAUUGCUUCAUUUUUUGUUGUUGUAUGUAGUUUAUAUAGCCUAUCUGUGUGAAUGCUCUUUGUUACUUUAUAUUGCACAAAGUCUGUUUAUUGUAUGUUAGUUUUUAUCCAAUAAUCUGUUUUUGUAGCUUCAUUACUGAGUUGUGAAAUUUUUUUCAUAUUAUGUACCAGAUUUUUAACACCUUUUGAUAAAUAUUACCAUAAUUGUUAAAGAUAUAAAUAUAUUUUUGUUUUCUGUAAUCUGAUUUAUUUGAAAAGUUAAAAUUCUCAAGUAAGUGGCACUGUUUAGGGUGAUUACAAAUAUUUGAACAUAUGUUGAUACAUACUAGUCAUGAGCAGCAGCAUUAUAUGUGGAAUCACUUGUGUGAAAGGCAACAAAUCAAACAUUCUAAGGAUACUUAGCUAGUGCAGGAUAUUGUGUCAGCAGUACUAUCUCAGAUCAAGCAUUUAGAUUGAGAGAUACGGUAUUCUCUCACAGGCAGCAAACUCAGUUGAAUCUUCACGAGUUUGACAAGACAUUUACAGAAGCUAUACUCUGUUGUUAAAGAAGCAGCAGUACUUCAGUCCAGCAGAGAGGAUUCCACCUACUAGUAGUGACCCUCAGGUUGUGACCCCCAGGAAUUGAUUCCGAGGUCGUGACCUUCAUAUAGUGACCUUGAAGUGACCUCUAGACAGUGACCCCAAGGUCUUGUCCUUGCCGUGACCUUCAGACAGUGACCCGUAGUGACUCCAAGUACCCAGUGUCCAGCAAGAAUGCAGCGUGUGAAGGAAAGAGUGGCAGAGGUCUACUACUGCUAUGGACUAGUGUGUGCCAGUCAUCCCUAUGCCUUCAUCUUUAUGGUCAUCAGUAUCUCCUGCUGUAUCUGCUACCCCCUGCUGAGUAUUCCUCUCCCAGGUAACGCCCCCCUGGAGCACUCCGUCCCUGCCCCGGGGUACAGGUCUCCCCCAGACUACAUCAACCUGACCACACUGACUACAGAGACAGUGAAGGGUCCCAGCUGGUACCACGGACCCCCAGUGGCUUAUAUUCAGCAAAUCAUCAUACGGUCGACAGUGUCGCCAUGGGAACAGUCCAAGAUGAUCCGCAAUGACGCCUUCCGUCUGCCGCUGGCCAAGGUGUUUGAACUGUUGGACCAUCUGAACAACUUUCAGUAUAAACACAAUGGUAAAGUGUAUUCCUUGUCUGACUUCUGUCUGCAUGUAUCAGAGAGUUUACCUGAGAGAAAGUUGAAGUCUGUGCUCCCCCAGUNCUGUCUGGUCUUAUCUCCUGCCAACCUGUGGAAUAGAGACCUGGAGAAGUUUCAGUCCGAUGGGGAAAUCAUCAAUACCAUUUACAAGAAUUAUGGUGCCAGCAACAUGGAGAUGGUACCACCAUUGAGAGAGUUGCUGUUUGGCAUGGCCUGGAUAGAGACGGGGAUAUCCAGAUAUUUCCUCAGGAAUCGUCAGCGUGUCAUCUCAUAUGCUGUCACUAUCAUGCUGCAGUCUUACAAUGAAAGUUUCUUCAGUGCUCUGAAGGAGAAGCUUCACCAGUUGUACCCCCACAGUGCGACCAGCUUUAACUCCACAGCCGCAGACACUGUGGAGAACAUCUACUUCAAAGAUGUCCACAACUUCCUCAUGGAAUAUAUCCCUCUAGUGGUGGCCUAUGUGGUGCUGUUUUUAUACCUCUACUUCUCUGUGUGUAAGAUUCAGAUGGUGAAGUCCAAGUGGGGUCUGGCAUUCAGUGCUGUGGCUAUGGUCCUGGCGUCUUUACUCAUGUCACUGUCCAUAUGUACAUUCUUUGGUCUCCAUCCCAGUAUUAACAGAGGAGAAAUCUUCCCAUACCUGGUGGUGGUGAUAGGCCUGGAAAAUGUCCUCGUACUCACCAAGUCUGUGGUCUCCACUCCUAUAGAUCUGGAUGUCAAGAUACGCGUGGCUCAAGGUCUUAGUAAAGAGAGCUGGUCCAUCACCAAGAACUUCUGUCUGGAGUUACUGAUCGUGGUGGGAGGUUUCUUCACCUUCAUCCCUGCCAUCCAGGAGUUCUGUCUGUUUGCUGUGGUUGGUCUGUUCACAGAUUUCUUCCUCCAGAUGGGGUUCUUUGUUACCGUCUUGUCCAUUGAUAUCCGCAGAAUGGAGCUGAAUGACCUCCACAAGCAGCACUUGCAGAUGAGCCCCAAGGAGCGAACCACGCCCAGUGUCAUGCCCAGUGCCACGCCCAGCCCAGCCCCAGGGAUGUUACUUCACUGCCCUGUGAUGGACUGUUUUAAAGGACCUCAGUUGAUGCAGCAGCCCACAAGAUCACAUUCUAGUCUCCCCAAGUCUACAUCAGCCCCUGCCUUCCACACCCCACAGAGAAGUAUUGGCCGUCCCCCCACACCACCGCCAUCCCCCUACGGCCAGGACGAGUUUAUCUAUAUGUAUACAGACCCAGACAGUGAUCUGCCACGCAGGAUACGCCUUAUUUACUUCUGGGCAAGAACCAGGGUGGUACAGAGAGUUAUCAUGGUAUGUAGACUGUCGGAUGGGGAAAUCAUCAACACCAUUUACAAGAAUUAUGGUGCCAGCAACAUGGAGAUGGUACCACCAUUGAGAGAGUUGCUGUUUGGCAUGGCCUGGAUAGAGACGGGGAUAUCCAGAUAUUUCCUGAGGAACAGACAGCGUGUCAUAUCGUACGCUGUCACUCUUAUGCUACAGUCUUAUAAUGAAAGUUUCUUCAGUGCUCUGAAGGAGAAACUUCACCAGUUGUACCCCCACAGUACGACCAGCUUUAACUCCACAGCUGCAGACACUGUGGAGAAUAUCUACUUCAAAGAUGUCCACAACUUCCUCAUGGAGUAUAUCCCUCUAGUGGUAGCCUACGUGGUGCUGUUUUUAUACCUCUACUUCUCUGUUUGUAAGAUUCAGAUGGUGAAGUCCAAGUGGGGUCUGGCAUUCAGUGCUGUAGCUAUGGUCCUGGCAUCUUUACUCAUGUCACUGUCUAUUUGUACAUUCUUUGGUCUUCAUCCCAGUAUUAACAGAGGAGAAAUCUUCCCAUAUCUAGUAGUGGUGAUAGGACUAGAGAAUGUCUUAGUACUCACCAAGUCUGUGGUUUCCACACCUAUAGAUCUGGAUGUCAAGAUACGUGUGGCUCAAGGUCUUAGUAAAGAGAGCUGGUCCAUCACCAAAAACUUCUGUCUGGAGUUACUGAUUGUGGUGGGAGGUUUCUUCACCUUCAUUCCUGCCAUCCAGGAGUUCUGUCUGUUUGCUGUGGUUGGUCUGUUCACAGAUUUCUUCCUCCAGAUGGGGUUCUUUGUUACUGUCUUGUCCAUUGAUAUCCGCAGAAUGGAGCUGAAUGACCUCCAUAAGCAGCACUUACAGAUGAGCCCCAAGGAGCGGACCACGCCCAGUGCCACGCCCAGUGUCAUGCCCAGUCCAGCCCCAGGGAUGUUACUCCACUGCCCUGUGAUGGACUGUUUUAAAGGACCUCAGUUGAUGCAGCAGUCCACAAGAUCACAUUCUAGUCUCCCCAAGUCUACAUCAGCCCCUGCCUUCCACACCCCACAGAGAAGUAUUGGCCGUCCCCCCACACCACCGCCAUCCCCCUACGGCCAGGACGAGUUUAUCUAUAUGUAUACAGACCCAGACAGUGAUCUGCCACGCAGGAUACGCCUUAUUUACUUCUGGGCAAGAACCAGGGUGGUACAGAGAGUUAUCAUGGUCAGCACAGUGAUCUGGAUAGCAUUGAUAGUGUACAAGAGUGGACUCGUAGAACACCUUGUCAAACACAACGCCAGCACCUUUCCAGGUCAAGGUCACAGUCAAGGUCAGAGUUACAGUCUGCCUCAAAAUGUGGAGAAAUUUAUCGGGCGUGAGGUUGACUAUCAUGCCUACACAGAUGACCCUGGUGACUACUCCACAAGGGGAAUGAAGGAGAGCUCUUUUGAAGGUGGAGGUAGCCAGGUGGCGUCCCAGUUAGUUCACUCUGAUGGCCAGAUGUGGCGGAAGUUAUCGUACCAACACUGGCCCUCUCUGCUGGAGAUGUAUAACAUAAGUACAUCUGGAAGUUAUGUGAGCAUUCUUCCCUCUGUCCAUCUGUCCAUUGUGGCUGAUCCCGAGGCUGCCAUACGGAUGCGUCAUCCCAAGGAGCAGGAAGAGAUGGAGGAGCGCCUCAUUAAGGCCAAGACGUACUUCAAUGGAGAGAACUUGGUUCCCCAGAGUCAUGUGCAGGGCCCCUUGCCACUGUAUGCUCACUCUACCAGAGAACUGGUGAUUACAGUGAUCCUGGGUGUCAUGAGUGUCUUCCUGGGUAUCUACUUCAUGAUGAUAUUGUACAGAUGUGUGUGUUCUAGGAACUAUGCCAAGUGGAGAAGUUCUUGGAGUAAGUCAAAGAAGAGAACCAAGGCAAGCCCUUACUUUAAGAUGAUCAAAGAGGCACUGCCACUGAGGCUGAUAGGCCAUAACCAGGAGAUAGAAUGUAUGGUGACAGACGGCCCCCUGCUCAUCAGUUGCUGUCUGGGGGGACAGUUACGUGUCUGGGACACCACCUCUGGCGAGUGCCUCACUGUCAUACACAGAAAAUGGAUAACUCCCCCUGACGAUCGCACUCCUAUACCAGGUAGAAACAUCAAUGACAGCGACAUGGACUUAUAUGCCGAGUACCAUGAGGCACCACUGCUAAAACCAGAACCAUCUGACAUUGUGAAAAGACGAGAUGGUCACAAACCAGUGGCACAAGACCCCGUUUCCACCCAGUUUGUCAUCCACCGCAGACAGGACAGGUUUACCAGCAUUCCUGAUCUUACAGGAACCAUUGACACUAACUUUUCAAGUCUUCUAAACAGAAGAUCUAAACAAGACAGCCCCAAUCCCCAGUCCCCAGGCAGCAUUGCGUCCAGUGAACCUGGCUAUGACUUUGCCUCCAAGUUUUCCCCGUAUUACCGAGAGCACCAGCAGCUGCAGGUGGAGAGCAGGAGGUACGAACAGAUGAAGGAGCAGCACAGGAGAUCUCUGGGAGACAUGGAGGCCACGACACAGCGCCCUGGAGAUCUGGGGAGGUACAGAAGUAGAAGUUUAGGCACCAAUGAUGGCCCAGUAGAGGCUGUGACACCAGACUGUCUUGCUGUGAGAGGGUCAGCUCCUGCCAUCUGGUGUCUGGAGUCACAGGACAACUUGAUUGUAGCUGGUUGUGGAAAUGGCAAAAUAGAGUUCUGGGAUGCGCUGUCAGGCAGCCUGAAGUGUCUGUAUGAAGGCAGCAGGUCUGGUGUUACUGGGAUAUGUUUCCAAGGAAAGAAGUAAAUCUGGGAUGUAUUGUCAGGCAGCCUGAAGUGUCUGUAUGAAGGCAGCAGGUCUGGUGUUACUGGGAUAUGUUUCCAAGGAAAGAAAGUGAUAGUGGCCAGACUGGAUGGUACUCUAGAUUUCUUGGAGUUGGAAACAUACACGCAUUCUCCCGUCAUUCCCUCCUCGACCACACCGCCCUCCGUACUCCACAACAGGGGUUUAUCUCACCGUGCAGCCAGCAGACAGCUAGGUUCCACUAUGGCCAACACAGAGAUGAAACCAUGGGAUGACAUCAUACACUGUUCACAUAUUGUCACGGUAACGGCACAUCAACAGCCAAUCAACAUCCUGGAGAUGGCAGGGGGGCGUGUCGUAACUGCCAGUCAAGAUCAGACAUUAAAGGUGUACAGGAUAGAAGACUCUUUGUGUUUAUAUACAUUACAUGGACAUACAGCCAGUGUGACUGCUCUAUUCCUAGAUAAGGGUGCUCCUCUAGCUGCCGCCAAUGAUUUCAUUAAUAUAACAUCUCUUAUCCCAUGUUUCCAGGGUUGUAUUGUACUGUGGGAUCUCUCCAAGGGACAGCACUUGCGCACAGUCAGACUAGGAAACUGGGACAACUCCGUCUUUGUUAGAAAUCUGGUCACCGUUGGCAACUCUGUUAUCAUCAGUGACUAUGGCAAUGAGCUGAGGAUUGUCCAUUUCCCGUCUGUCUUGGAGAAAGUGGACUGAGACAUGAAGAAGGUUUGGACAUGAAGGUUGCUUACCUCAUCAGUAUUACAAUUUAUAUUCAUCAUUUGGGCUGGACAAGGUGCCAAACACGGAGCUCUAUGGCAAAAUACCGAAAGUUGAUCACAAAGAAGUGGCAAAUAGAUUUCUGCUCUGGGCGCCCACACAUUUCUUAUUGGAGCACAUCAGUGAGCUUGCCGGUACCAUGGAGGACCAUAGGGUAUGGAAGCCUAAUUAUGGAGUCACCUAAUUAAUGAUGUUGACAGUCGACUGCAGUGGAGAUGACGAUGUUGAUGAUUACCUGGAACACAGCUACUGUCUGCGGAAGUGACCACAUUGUGUCUGUGCUUUGAUCCUCUGUGUUGGCAGACGCAGACCGUCCAUGGGACAAAUGUUUAAAUGAACAUGUUGUAACUGAGUGCAGAUCCUCCAUUGGCUUCUGUAGAUAGCACAGAAUAACACUGUCAACAACGAAGGGUUGAACAUAAAACAAGGCUCAGAAUGGUAGAUGUCCACAUGUAAGAAAACAAUGGACUAUGAAAUUCCACUCUUCUCUGUAAAAGUGGACUUCGUGCAUUGAAGUAUUUUAGAAUGGAAGUGAAUUGUAAGAACCUCUCACCAGAGGGCAGUGUGAGCAUCUCUCACCAGAGGGCAGUAGCUGCAGACUGGAUUCAUGGAAAAAAUGACACUGUUUUAAGAUACAAAAAGUCCAAGGGGAAAGAAGUGGGCUCCAGACAAGUCCCCAGUGACAGUGGCUAUAUCAAUAAAAAACACAUGGACAGUAAUUAGUUAAGAAAGCCUCAGAAUUCCAGAUGAUAGAAAGAAAUUCUCCCAGCUCCCUGCUGUCUCUGAUCACUGUACGUAUGUCAACAGCCGUGUGUCAACAGCCGUGUGUCAAAGCUGAGACAAACUUUUUUGAUGGCUACACAAACAGAAGAGUCUCAGCUGGAACUUGGGUUUUUUAUCAAAAGCUAACCAGAAUUUGAGUACUGGCUUCCCUUGCCUGGGCACAUUGGCUUACAGUCCAGUUGUUCAUCUUUGCGCUUAUUGAUUUAUUUCAGUGGUGAAAUUUGACAUAAAUAAGGAAGACUCAUUUGUAUUUUCAUUGAAUUUUGAACAAUUCUAUAUUAUGUACAGAAUCGGCUUCAUUCUGGUCACUGGUUGCCCAUGUCAUACAUACUGAAAGUGAAGGAAAUGAGUAGCAUGUCAUACAGCCUGCUGAUCACGCCACUGUUGAGCUUUUGUAAACUGCAGUGUAAUAAAUUAUAGAACGGUUCAUAGAAGCGUUUUCAUGAUUUUAUUUAGAGAACUAGUUUCCCAAAGCCUGUAUAAGACUGUAUAUUUACCCUUAGUUAAAAUGCAAAGUUCAAUAAUCAUGUCUUAAUUUAAAGAAAAAAAAACUUUCUGUAAUACAAUUUUUAAAAGUACACAAGACCCUAAAAUGACACAAUGUUCAAAAUGUCAUGGGGAAAUAA